UGACAUUCCCAUGAGCGAUGGACGAAAUCUAUGUCAACCUUGACGAUGUCAAACCCCUAAGCUCAAGAUCAUCAACAAUACAAGAAGGAGAUUUCUCCCAGCGUCUGUUCUCGGUCUGGGGCUGCUGGUUGUUUUCCUGCUGGCUGGACUCAUCGGCCUCGCUGUCCACCACCAUAACUCAGUAGGUGGUGCAGCUGCAGAUCUCUCUGCUGUCAAAGCAAACCUGACUGAGCGUCUCCAGGCCAGAGAUCAGCUGCUCUACUCAGUGACUGAAGAGAGAGACGGACUGAAGGCCAACCUCACUGAAAAGACCAGAGAGGUGGACAGGCUUCAGAGUUUGUCCAAACAGAUCACCGGGCUUGAAGUGGUGUUGUGGCGCAUCAGCUGGCGUCGGCAGUACGGCUUUCACCUGAGAGUGGAUAGCUGAGAGGGAGACUGAAAGACUUAUACAGUAGUUCAACAAAAGCAUUUAGAAAUUCAAACCAGCAACCACACUUUCCCCAGUCACAUACUUCAGGAUACUUGCUGCAGAGCUGACCUUCUAGGAAAGAGUUGGCAUUCCCAUGAGCAAUGGAGGAAGUCUAUGACGAUGUUGACGAUGUCAAAACCCUAAGCUCAAGAUCAUCAACAAUACAAGAAGGUCCCAGGAGACUUCUCAGAGCGUCUGUUCUCGGUCUGGGGCUGCUGAGUGUUUUCCUGCUGGCUGGACUCAUCGGCCUCGCUGUCCACUACCAUAACUCAGUAGGUGGUGCAGCUGCAGAUCUCUCCGCUGUCAAAGCAAACCUGACUGAGCGUCUCCAGGCCAGAGAUCAGCUGCUCUACUCAGUGACUGAAGAGAGAGACACACUGAAGGCCAACCUCACUGAAAAGACCAGAGAGGUGGACAGGCUUCAGAGUUUGUCCAAACAGAAGAAAACUUGUCCUGCAGGAUGGAGGAUGGUCGGUUGUGUCUGUUAUCUCCUCUCUACGGAGAAAGCUUCUUGGGAACAAAGCAGACAAAACUGCAGAGCCAGAGGAGCAGAUCUGGUGAUCGUAGACAGUAAUGAAGAACAGAGCCUGUGUGCAGGUGUAUUACAGGUCUUACCUGGAGCUGAAGAGGCCAAUCAGCGCGAUCGUGGACACCUGGCCGGAGCCGAGGUGCUAUUAAGCCCAGCUGCCCGGAGUCACGUGGCGGUCCUGACUCUCUCCAAGCCGGCUGCAGAAGGACUCUCGCUCUGGUCCUUUCCCCUCGUCCGUCUUCUCCUGUUCUUGGUGUUUGCUCUUUGAUGAUGAUCAAUAAAGUGCCGUGGUUUUUGGAACCUUUGAACACCUCUCUUUGUUUUCCUGUUGUGGCCAACGGGCCGGUCAUAACAGUGCCAAUGUACAUAUUAAAUAAUUAAAAUUAACAAAACUUUGAUUUUAUAUUUGUUAUAUGGUGGUUUUAUCUAUCAUUUUGCCUAUUUAUUACUUAUCUACUUCACAGCUGUGUGUUAUCGUUACUGGCUUUUAUGCACAAUGAGUUAUUUUACUUUUGAUACUUCAAGUUUAUUUUUAUGCUAAUGCCAGAGAUAUGUACCAUGAAUUAAUGCUUUGACAAGUCUGCAGACAAGACGGCAGGCGAAAAGCUUUUAAAAUGCGUGUUU